AGCGGCCUGGAGGAUGAUCCCGCUGUGUGUUUACAGUGUGUGUGUGUGUGUGUGUGUGUGUGUGUUUUGUUGUCUUAACGUGUCUGGAUAACAUGUGACCCACUGUGUAUUUUCACAACAACACACAGAAAGGAAAAACACACCGUCACCUGCGUGAAUGCUCAUUUACAAGAUCAAAUAAAGAUCAGCACAAAGUCAGAGGCUGCACUCUGGAGCUGACAGCAGCUGAGAGGAGAAAAUAAAACAACAAUAAACUGGGGGCCUGACUGAGAAGACCAGUGUAACCAGUUUGAAUAUUGUUGCUGAGAAGUACAACUGAAAGAGUUUUUCUUACUCCUUCUCUUACUAACAGAUUAGCUGUUGCACAGAGGGAGGGAUGAGUGCAGAGACAGAGAUGGAGCAGGUCGAGUCUGGAGGCUCUGCUGAGGACCAGAGUGAAGACAGUCUGACACAACCAAAGUCCGUUUCAGGCCCUGAAUUCCUCAGUCUGUCUCGCUGUACCCACUGCUGCAACCUUCGCUGGGGGGACGACGGUGAGUCCAGCUCCUCAGCUGAAGACUCUGGAUCAGAGGUGGACUGGGAGACAGAGGCAGAGUCUCGCUCUAGCUGCUCUGAGCUGGCUUUCUCAGAAAUACGUAAUAUAAAUGCUGAAUCUGGAGGAAAAGAUGGUGACAGAGGGGAGAUGUCGGAGAUCCAGGAAGCUGAAAACAAGAAAAUGACUCAAAGAGCUCCACUCAUCAAUUCUUCCUCUUUGCCGAAUUCCCCUGUUCCUCACCUCACCCCUCUGUCCCUCCUGCCACACCCUCACACCGUCGUCUCCACCCUCCACCUGCAGGUGUUGUCCCAGAAACAAGACAACAAUGACGACGCCUUCUACAUUGUCAAACAGCAGCUGUCUGGGAGAGAGGAGGAGGAAGAGGUGGAGAAAACAGGGCGAAGUAAGGGAAGAGGGCAGGAAGGAAUCAACAGUGUGGAGCCUCCACAGCCGUUUCAGUGGCAGCAGAUGGGGUUACUGUGGCAACAGUGGUCACAACUAACAUUGCAGCAACACCAGCUGUCAUACCAACAACAACCUCAAUGCUUUUCUCCUCCCAUAGCUCAGUGUCAAAGGUCACCACCACCUCUGCACACACUUCCUGUCCCUUGUCCCUCGAUGCUCCACACACCCCAACAGGCCCCAAAUGCACCCUGCACAAAUCUGCAUGCACCCGGUCCACAACCCUGCUGGUACUGCUACAGAACGUACUUUCCUUAUCCUCCUGAGACCCUGUGUCCUGCUAUGAGGGCAUCACAUUAUGGGUUUACCGGACCUUAUGCUUCAUUCUUCUUGAGUUAGACCUGUUGUCCUUGUGCGUGGACACUUUUUGUGCCAUCUAGUGGCAGUAAGAGCACAAUACACUAAUACAUGUAAAAACAAGAUGGCAGCCGUCUCUGCCAAGUCAGUCUGCAGCCAAUCCCGACACAAAGUGAACAAGGUCCAAAACCUGAUCACAUUUUAUGGUUGAAACUUGUUUAACUAUGAUUAAUAAUGUUUGUAGUUUGAUUUGGCAACAAAUUUUAGCAACAGUAACAAGAUAAGACACUUAAGUGCUUAUUUGAAGACAUUUUGAAGACAUGAGGAAUAUUCACUGGGACUAUUAUCAUUGACAAUGUUUAGUUUUUAUACGUAUCAGGUUCUAAUGAUCCCAAAUAGUUGGGAGAAAUUAAAAACGCAUACCAGACAAAAGUUUGGGUCUCAGAAGGAUAUAUAUAUAUAUAUAUAUAUUGCAGAUAUUUAAUUACUCCCAUAUAUAUAUAUAUAUAUAUAUGUAUAUGGGAGUAAUUAAAUAUCUGCAAAUGUAAACUAAAAAGAUGCAUUUAAUGAAUGUUUGUACAAGAACCUUGAACGUACACUCAAGUUUUGUAGUUUGAAGUUCAUUCUAAUCCUAAUUUAAAGUCCAAACUCUUAACUUGCUUAUCUGUCACACUCGCCUUACUUUACUGACAUUAAAGUGACAACCUGCACUGUAGCUGCAGGUUGUUGUUACUAGCAAACAAAGCUACAGAGUGCAGGCAAAGUUAAACAACACAAACACACCAAGCGGCAACCUAAGGGCUGAAAAAUGAGGCCAAAACCUGCAACGCUUUGAAUGGCCACUUGAGACGGGCUUCAAAACCAACACAUUCCCACUCUGACCUUGUCACAUAUUGAUGUUUUGAUCGUGGACUUUCCAUGUCCCUGUAUGACAUGCAAGGUUCCCUGAGAGAGUUGGUUGUUGACGCUCUGGGACACCGUGUCAAGUUCUGCCUGUAACAUGCAUCGUCUUCUUUCAAAAUACAUUUAAGUUUUUACAGGAAAUAAAUGCACUACAUCGAUACAACAUCGUGAAUUGAUGUCUUCUUUACCUUCAAUGACAAAAAAGUGACAGUCGAGGUUUGUUGGACCCAUCCACCACACCUUCUGCCCACCCUACUCGGACUUUCGCCGCCUUAACUUUCGUCCUUGUCCCGUCACGUUACCCCCCGAUGCUGCAUCGCGCCAUUAAACUCUUAUGGCAACGGGCCGUGUAUCAUGCUGACGUGAAAGGAUGCCUUUUUUCGUUGGUUUCUGACGUCACAAGUCACUGCUAUUUUUAUGCAUAUUUAAGAGGCUGCUUUGACUGACAGGUUGUCUGUGAGGUGUAGCUACAGCCCUUUGUCCCAAUAUAUGGUCGCUUCUGGCUCUUAAUUACCGAGAUAGCGACGACCAAAAUGCCGAACUCAAAGCUUAAAAACAGCAGUCCACAAACAAAUGGGUGAUGUCACUGUAGCUACGUCCAUUAUUCUAAACUUCUAUGAAAUACACUGAAGCUGGACCUGCUGAUUAACUGGUUUUUAAUGGUUUGACAGAGGCUAGCUGACCCUCCAUCUUAAACCAAUACUUCAACCACAUAAUGACCAUGUGUAUAUAAAUUACUCACCUCGUGUUACGUUGAAUUUGUUAAGGAAACUUUAUCUUUCUCACAUGCCUCUGUGGUGAACCAAGAAUCCAAAAUGGCUAACAUUAUUGAUGAACUGAAGUUUAGGGGACUGCAAGACUAUAUUGAAACAUCCUUUUACAAAUGCCCACACGUGUGCAGCAUAAACCAAGUGUCCUUUAUCCAGUUGUAUGCUCUGUACUUCAACACUUCUAGGAGUUGCACGUGUGGCCCCGGGGCAUGUGUGUUCUCUGCACGUUUAACUCUGCACUUGAGUUGUUGAGGUGAGCUGCUCAUCCGUGCACCAGACUAUUUAUGCAAAUAGUCAAUAGUAAUAUUUGAGUGAAAGUUGUUCAGGAAGUACUAAACAGAUGUUUUCAUGAAGUUUUGCUGUUGUUAAACGCAGUCUCCUUUUCACUUCAAUUCAUCAAGAAUGUUUUUGGAUUCUUUGUUCAUAGAGACGUGCAAGAAAAAUUUAUUUUGUAAGUGAAGUAUUCCUUGAAAUAUAUUUUAAUUCUUUGUGUUUCAUCAUCUUACAUGUAUAUAUCCCCUUGCUCACAGUUGAUUUGUAAUAGAAAAAUAAAAGAAUAUUGUUAA